UGUAAUCGGAUAAUAUGUAAACUUACGAAAAAGAAGAGCCCGAAUUCAUUAGUGGAAAAAAACACUACUCCAAAGGGUUAGUGGCACCGAGGGUGAGGGCAAGUGUGAGUCAGUGCUGCUGCGAUCAGUACAUUGACAAGCACAAUCAUAAAUACGUAUUAAUGACACACGUACAUAUUUAUAUUAACAACCGACGUCUUGGAGCCGACCACAAUAUUAACAAAGUAUAAACGGCGCCACUGUGUUCGUAAAAUUAACAACAAGAGCGAGUGUGCAAAAGCCAAUAAGCGUUUGCAAACAAAACUGUGACCGACUUCUGGACCCACACAAUGUUGCUGUAUAGUGUCAUAGCUCGCGGCACCACGGUGCUUGCAAAAUACGCCGAAUGUGUUGGAAAUUUUGCAGAAGUUACAGAGCAAAUAAUUAACCGGAUUGAUCUGCAACAAAACCACAAGACUACAAUAACGCACGGAGAAUAUCUGAUACACUACUCAUGCGACAACAAAAUCAUCUAUAUGUGCAUUACCGACAAUGAAUUUGAUCGUUCACGGGCUUUUCUGUUUCUCACGGACAUUAAACAGAAAUUCAUCCAAACCUAUGGCUUGCAGGUCGCCACAGCAAUUGCCUAUGCAAUGAAUACAGAGUUCUCUAAGGUUAUCUCAGAGCGUAUGGUUUAUUAUAGCCGAUCCCCUGAAGUUGACAAAAUAACAAUCGUUCAUGGCGAAAUAGCCGAAAUAAAAGAUAUUAUGAUUAAAAAUAUUGACAGCAUACGCGAUCGUGGCGAGAAAUUAGAGCUACUUGUGAAUAAAACAGAAAACCUAAGCAAUAAUUCGGUUGCAUUCCGCAAAGCAUCACGUAAUCUGGCGCGUCAAAUGUUUUGGAAGAAUAUUCGUGUCUAUGUGGUCGCAGGCUUGGUGAUUAUUUUUAUCAUCUAUGUGAUUGUAAGCAUGGCCUGUGGCGGACUUGCAUGGCAAUCGUGCGUCAACUAAGUCGCCAACGACUUAUUGUGUUGUCUUAAACCGAUUGCGAAUGCCUAUGUAUGUAUAUUUACAUAUAAAACUAUGUAUUCUCACUCUAUGUGCAUAAUCUAUGUUGUAACACUAUUUGUUCUGCAUACAUGUAAUAAUCAUGAAUAUAUAUAUAAACGCAUAUUUAUACAAAAAUA